AUGUCGUUAACGGGGUGUUACAAAUGUAAGGGUCCCAUAGCAACGAGCGCACUGGUAAUCGGCUUGCCCAUAAAGGACGUUAGAGGACCUUACGGUUACAUCUCCAUGUGGAUACAUUUGAGGUGUGGUAUCACGGUACUCGACAGACUCAUAGCACUAUCGGAUGGAGAAGCAUCUGCCGGAGGCACUGUGCAAUGUGGGCAGGACACUAAUGUCCUGUUUCACACGUCAUUUUUCAACCAGAUGAAAAUAGCCAUAUUGGAUAUUGGAUUUGAAAGGCUGAAGAAUACAGGAAUGGCGAUAACUGGCGAUAUCACGCCGACAACACAUUAUGCCUCAAGCCUCGAAGAAACAGUAGGCAGUGGGAAAGGGAAAAAGGGGAAGAAAGGCAAGGCUAAAUCUGCCGAUACCAAACAACGAAAAAUGGUUGAAGCUGUAAUAACCAAUGAGAAAUAUAACAUCAUAGUAGAUAUGCUCAAGUGUCAUGCCCACGGGUGUGAGGAUCUAGGUGUAUCACAUAAACGGAUAAUACAUGACAUAGUGACGACGAUCGAACUAGAAGACCAGGAUGAAAAACAGUUUAUAUUCUGUGAUGUAUUGAAAAUAAAAGAAGCAUCUAUGCAAAUAGAACCAAUAAAACAACCAAGAGGAAUGCUAGUACCAUUGCUACCUUUCCAAAAGGACGGAGUAGCAUGGAUGAUCCAACAGGAAAAAGGACCGAUAAGGGGAGGCAUUUUAGCGGAUGAAAUGGGAAUGGGCAAAACAAUACAAAUGAUAGGUCUUUUAGUAAUGGCGAAAAGGGAUGCAAUAAAUUCGGGAAAAUGUAAUACUGAACAAAAUGUAAAGCAGGAAAUGGGUAGCGUAACAUACGGUGGAGGAUGUAACAAUAAAAUACAAGAUACACCCGUGACGUACAAGCCGGAAAAUGCACCCAACGUAAAUAAAAAGAAAUCAUCAAAAAAAGAUAAAUGUAGUCAACAAAAAAUAAGUAUGCUAAAUAAAAAGGGGGGUACACUCAUAAUAUCCCCGUUAGCAGCACUGUUACAGUGGUACAACGAAAUAAAGUCAAAGGUUGAAGAGGGAUGCCUUUCGGUACUACUAUAUCACGGACCGCAUAGGAAGGAUUUGGUACAUGUACUUGAUGAGUACGAUAUAGUUCUAACAACAUAUUCAAUAGUUGAAAUGGAGUUCCGCAAGGUACAAAACAAAAGUAAAGUGACAUGUCAGUACUGUGGUAGGAUGUAUAUGCACAAAACGUUGAUAUUACACCAAAAAUAUUUCUGCGGCCCCUUCGCACAACGUACUAUGAAACAAGCACUAAGUGAACGGAAACGUGAUACACCAGCAGUCUUGCUCAAAAUUCAUGCGAGACUGUUUCCAGAGAUACAGCAGGCAUUGGGAGAAAUCAACAGUCAAAAUGAAAGCGAAGGUAGACAUGUAAAUGAUGAAAUAGAAGAUAGAAGCAAUGUGAAACGACAGAGAGUUGAAAUACAACAACCGGAACAGGCUAUAGCGGAAUAUUAUGGAAACAAACGUCUGAAAAUCGAGAUACUUGAAGCAUUCACCACUUUCGGACUUAAGGAAGAAGAUGUGGAAAUGGCAAUGGAUAACCUAGCUUAUGGUGUCAAUGUGUUCAUGAAAAGUCUCCAGGAUCUUGCUCAACGAUCGAAAAAUGCUGAAUUGAGAAGAUUAGAUAUGCUGGCAGAGUUUGCAGGGACACAUGGUAUAAAUAUGGCCCUACUGAAGUCCACGACAGCUGCAGAAAUCAAAGAUACUCUCAACUGUUUUGGACUUAAAGGAUAUGGGAACAAGGCAGAAUGUGUCAAUAAAAUUAUAGUCUUUAUCAACAAGUUAACGCAAUUUGGUAAAAAUCUUGUCCUGGCUCAUGAAGAUGAAGAAUCUGGAAAUUCGAGUGUAUCAAAGGAUAAUGUAAUCGAUGAAGACGACGAUGGUAGUGAUGAUGGUGACAAUGACGAUAUUGAUGACGAGGAUUCGGAUUAUGAAGAUGAAAGCGAGGAGGAGGAGGAGGAGGAGGAGGAGGAGGAGGAGGAAGAGGAUGAACUGUCAGACGAUAGCAUACUAAACGUAAAAGAGAGAUUAGAUAUUAAAUUUGAGGACACAGGACACAUGUCGGUGCCUGGCUCGCAUAAUAUGGUAGGUAAAUUAAAAUGGCGUACACAGGGUAGUGACGAAAUCGGUGGAGAAUACGAUACAGCGCAGUAUGAUUGGGUGAAACAAGAGUCUGGAGAUAGUCACAGUGUUAAAACAGAACCAAGUUCUACCGGUUCGGUUACCUAUAAACCGCCGGAAAGGCAGGAAAAAUAUACCUUAACAGCUGUUAAGAAAACGACGGAAGAAGUUACAACUGAAAAGGAAAAAAUAUAUGAGGGGAGCGUAUUGCAUGAAAUUGUGUGGAACAGAAUAGUGGUUGACGAGGCUCACAGGAUAAAGACCAAAGCAAACUCCACAUCUCAGGCCAUCAUCGCAUUGAGGUCGUCAGGUUCCAGAUGGUGCCUUACAGGAACACCGCUACAAAACCGGGUUGGUGACGUAUUCAGCCUUAUCAGCUUCCUCAAAAUGUACCCAUAUGCAUAUACAUUCUGCAAUAAACCAGGGUGUAAAUGCGAAGCAACUGAAAUAUCGUCGCAAGAUGGAAAGUACUGUGAUUACUGCUCUCAUACAAGGUUGACACAUUAUUCAUAUUUCAACAAACGCAUACUCAACCCGAUACUGAACUUCGGAUAUAACGAUGAGGGCCAGGUGUCAAUGAAAGUGCUUCACAAUGAGAUACUGGCAAAGAGUAUGCUAAGAAGAACAAAGGCACAAAAGGCGGCGGACGUAAAACUACCACCAAUGCACGUCACUAUCAGACGUGAUACGCUUUCAGAUUUUGAACGUGACUUUUAUGAGGCCAUAUACAAGCAGUCUGCUGUUAAAUUUGAUACCUACGCCAAAUCAGGAACACUGCUGCACAACUAUGCUCACAUAUUCGAUCUUUUGACAAGACUCAGACAGGCAGUGGACCAUCCUUACCUCAUAUUAUACGGGCCUUCGUCUAUUGUAAAUAAGGCGCAGAAUGCUCCGGAUCCUGAGACCAGGGCAGAACUCCAAGCGGCCAUUAGCGAGACCUUGCCGGCAGCCGGCAGUGAACAGACAUGUGGAUUGUGUUUUGAGGUACUAGAAGAUACGGAUGCCUUCCUUACGUCUAAUUGUAAUCACAACUUCCACCAGCCAUGCCUUACAGCUUAUGUAGAGAGCAGACCUACGGACGUCAUUGACGAUGAGAACAAGGGGGUCACGUGUCCCACGUGCUACGCACCAUUGACAAUUAAAAUGCAACGGCCCGAAGAAGGUGGAAACGAACUUUCAAGACGCACUAGGCAGGUUGGCAGGAAACGUAGAAAUAGCGUACUUCAACAUAUCAAACUCAGUGAGUUCAAGUCAAGCACAAAGAUAGAGGCGCUAUUCGAUGAAGUAUCGGAAAUACUUACUAGCACGACGGACAAAUGUAUCGUCUUCUCACAGUACUGCUCCAUGUUAGAACUUAUCGCAUACCGGCUCAAGACGGCCAAUAUCCAAUGCGCAGUGCUGGUAGGAUCGACAUCGCUUGAAGCAAGACGAAACAUGCUAAUAGAGUUCAACAACAGCCCUAAAUUAAGGGUAAUGCUUAUCAGUCUGAACGCUGGUGGUGAAGGUCUCAAUCUUCAAAUAGCCAAUAGGAUAUUCUUGAUGGACCCAUGGUGGAACCCAGCCUCUGAGCUACAGGCUAUACAACGUGCUCACAGAAUAGGGCAAACAAAACCGGUAUACGCGGUGAGGUUUAUAUGCAAGGACACUAUAGAGGAACGCAUCAUCGAGCUGCAGGAAAAGAAAAUGAUGCUGUUCGACGCAACUAUAUGCUCGUCAACAGAAUCAAUGGCAAAGCUGACAUCAAAUGAUCUCUCAUUCCUUUUCAGCCGAUAA